AUGAUUCAGGAGGAGACAGAGACAGAGGCCGAGCAGGAGAUGGAUGCACCCAUGGAUGCAUAUAUGCAGCCGCAGGAGUACGAGUACGAUCCACAACUACGCUUUCAGCAGAAGUAUCAGUUUCCGGUGCCGGAUUUUCCAUCCGAUGACGAUUACGAGGAUGUUCGGACUCCGACUCCGCCUCCUGUCCCGAUGGGUGGUACUUUCGAUGGUUCUAAUCCUGUCUCGAGGUCCCGCACCGCUCCGAGAAAAAAACUUCCUUCUCGACCUUGGAUGUUGACCGGUGAGACACCCGGUGGACCUAAAUACGCUCACUUGAUUCCAAGUUUUGGAGCACACAUUGCCUACGACAUUUGGGAGGGAAAGGGUCGACAUAUGGUUAAAUUACGGUCGCACGCGAAGUGUACUUGGCCGGGGCCCGACGACGAUGAUUGUGUCUCACUACUGGAGAAUACCGGCUUGUAUCACUUGCGUGAUUGUUCGCUGCCUCAGCACAAUAACCCACUCAUAGAGGCUUUUAUUGAGAGGUGGCAGCCGGACACCAACAGUUUUCACAUGCCAUUCGUGGAACUCGCCCUAACGUUUGGAUGGAUAAGGCCGACGCGAUCCAGCUUCGUGCGAGAGCUUUCGGGGUCGCACCCGCACUUAUGGAGCAGUGGUGGUAUGGUGGCGGACCCCGGUUAG